CACGCGCGUUAUCCAGCCGCCGACCACUCCCAAACUUUUUCCCCGGCCGGUUCCUUGAUUUCCUUUCCAAAAUGCUUUUCAUUCCCGUCUCCUGAUCCUAGAGCUGCCUGUAGUGGAAAAAAAAAGGCCGGCGGCGCCCGGUGCAACUUUUUCUCGUUUGGCACGCAGUAGUACCAUCAGUAUAUAAAGAACACGGAGGCAAGGCAAUGGAGAGGAGCUGGUUCGGGCGGAGGAAGACGAAGAAGCGGCAGGGUGGGGAGAAGGAAGACCGGCAGAAGGUGGUGGUGGACGGGACGGAGAUACGGGAGCUGGUGGGGGACAGGGAGGCGUUCGGCAUGUUCGCGGAGAGCAAGUUCAGGGAGCUCGACGCCGACGGGGACGGAAGGCUGUCCGUGCGGGAGCUGCAGCCGGCCGUGGCCGGCAUCGGCGCCGCGCUCGGGCUGCCCGCGCAGGGGUCCGACCCCAACGCCGACCACAUCUACUCCGAGGCUAUGAGCGAGGUCACGCAAGGGAAGCAAGAGGGGGUGAGCAGGGCAGAGUUCCAAGAGGUCUUGUCCGACAUUCUCCUCGGCAUGGCGGCCGGGCUCAAGAGGGACCCGAUCGUCAUACUACGCAUCGACGGCGAGGACCUGAGGGACUUCGUUUCCAGCCCCAGAUACGAACCUGCAGCCGCUGCCAUCUUCUCACAAGCCGGGUCUGAAGAUGCCUCUUCUCUCCGGCAACGCCUGCUAGCUGCUGUUCGGCAGCUCGGCGUCGACCAUGGAAUGCCCCCAGCUGCUGACCCUUGGGUGCUAGAGAACGUCAUAGAGCCGGCGUUGCAGCGACUCUCCGCCGAUCAGCUUGAGCAGCCAGUGGCGUCCAAGGACAUCUUCUUGGAACAGCUCAAGAAGCUCCUCGGCGACGUCGUGGAGCGGCUCCAGGAGCGGCCUGUGAUCGUCGCACACACCGAGAACACCUUCGACGGGAGCGGUGUCAGGAGUCUGCUGGCCAACAAGUUCGAGCUGGACAAGCUGUUGGAUUCUGUCUGCAAAGACGUGCCGGUAGAGCAUAAGAAGAAGGCGUCCAAGGAGUGCCUGCGAGCCGCGCUAGAUAAGAUGGCUGAUGCAGCAAGCUUACCACCUCAUGGCUCUGUUACUCAGGUGGAUGCCAUCGUGGACGAGGCGCUCAAGAUGGCGAAUAACGCCCACGACGGGAAGGCGGUAGACGAAGCGGAGUUCAAGAAACUCCUGACGGAGGUCCUGGGAGCCGUGAUGCUGCGGCUGAGCGGCGACCCGGUCUUCGUCUCCACCAGCACCGUCGUCCAUGAGUCACUGUCCAGUUCGUCCACGCUGCUGUCCUCGCCGGCGGUGCCGUCGCCGCCGAGCGAGUAAAGCAGUACACACAACAAAGUUAAGUAUGAGAGGACGAGCAUAAGGCCUCUCUGUAUUUUAAACAGUGGCUGUGAUGGUGCUUUUUGUCUGAUCACGCGCUGCGGGGCAUGCAUUGCAUAUUUGCGUGCAUCCAUUGCUUGGUGACAACCUGACAGGAUGCAAAAUAAGAUGCCGUUUCGUCAGGUUUGUUGGCCUGGUUGAUGUAUAAGUUUGGAAUAAUAAGGCUUCCGAGCCAGACACAUUGUCAAUUGGAAUAUGCAAAUGUUUUGCAACUUUCGUUGGGGAGCUGUUACCACGGACAAAAGCCUUCAGCUAUCUUUCAAAAAAUAGAGAAUGAUCAGUUAAAAAAGGGGAGAAUAAAACACCUAGCUCUGAUUCCCAGCACUCCAGAGAAUUACACAACAGAAUGCAACUGCAGUGCAGUGUUACGGCAAUCCAAGGUGUGAGUGUUCACUGGAUUAUUUCUGCAUUUCAAGGUUGCAACAUUGGGGCAUAGUAAACAGGCUUAAGAUUGUUGCAGAAAUUAUUAGUUUGUGACGCUCUGAAAGUUUGUGUGCAUGUAUAUUUGCAACUUGCAAAGUUUUUUUUUUCUUA